UAUAUUAAUGUUCCAGCAAGUGUAGUUCAAAUGCUAAAUGGAUUUUUAGUUCUGGCAGUUGCAGUUUUAUCAGUUCUGUUUCUUCACAACAAGCAGCACCGUCACCACUGGCUUGGAAUUUUCAUCUUAUUCAUCGGGAUACUAUUAGUCGCUAUCGAAGCCAUGAUCAAUCAGGAGGAUUCUGCAACUAAAAAUGCGUAUUUAGGAGUCCCAUUGCUAAUAAUAUCAAUCUUUUUAAAGAGUGUUCAGUACAUUGUUGAAGAAAAGUUGCUCAGUUCAUAUUAUCUGCAUCCAAUGAAGGUAGUAGGAUGGGAAGGAAUACUUGGAACAAUUUUCUACAUCUUCUUGCUCAUAAUACUCCAAUUUAUCCCAUGCAACGCUGGAAUGUGAAGUAAUGGAGUUGUUGAGGAUACUGGGAUGGCCUUCAACCAUCUCUCGAGAUCAGCAGAAUUGGUCAUUUACUUGAUCCUUCUAAUCAUAUUGGAUGGAGGAAUGAACGGACUUGGACUCCUUGUAACAAAGCAUGCUUCCGCUGCGAAUAGAGUGACUCUUACUCAAGUGAGGACCAUCAUAAUCUGGCUAUUUUUUAUGAUUGUUCCUCUUAUUUUCAAUCUCAGAGUUCGAGAAUCAUUCCACUACCUUGAGCUAAUAGGUUUCAUUGUCAUUAUCGCUGGAGUCAUUCUAUAUAAUGAAAUUGUGACAAUUCCUUAUCUAGGAUUGGAUAGAAACUGUAAAAAGAAUCAAAAUUAUGUAAAUUUGGGUACUAGCUCCUUCCAGCCUAGAGAUUUCGAUGCUGAUAUCACUGCAGAAGAUGAUGAGAUCUUCGGGCAUCAUAGUUCUUUUGAUUUCCAAUCCGAGCCAAAUACGCAGAGUCCAAAAGCAGAAAGAGAACCACCAACGAGUCUCAACAAUACUUUCCAGCAGAACAGGUUUGUUGGAAGGUCAUCAGUAUAUUUAGCAAUGACGAGUCAUGAUUAAUUUCAACAUUAUCAAAA